UUAUAAUACUUGCUGCACAUUCCACUUAUUUUGUGACACACCAUUCAUAAGAAAAUCAAAGGGAAAAGCUGCAGCAGAAUCAUGAUGCCAAUGAGUCACUAUUGUAUCAGAAGUUUGAUGGGUUUAUGUGAUAUCAUGUUGACGCAAUGAAUGACCUAAUGUAUACGAGAGAUCUGAACUGCAAGCUGCCAUUUUGAUGAGUUCAAACAAAAUUAUCAAAUACCAGCAGAGCCUUGCCUGGCUUAUUCCGGGAAUUCAUUCCUCAGCCAAUUGAUAGCUAGAGAUCACUUCAGUUAGCUGACUUGGAUUUCUGCCACAAACUAUCUUCCCACUGCUGUGUGUUUCUCAUACAAUAGGAAGUUGUGAAGUGAGCUGAGCUCAGAUCGAAAGAGAUGGACAAAGUCUAUGAUUUGAAGGCUUACCAUCUUAUACAUUUCUAUGUUAGUACCAGCACCAGCACAAUAACCAACUGCACAAAAAUUUGAUUAGUUGAGAAGAAUGGGGGGGAGUAGCUCUUACCUCUCAUACACAGUAAUGGGCUAACCUUUGAGUUGUACAGUCCUCCUACUUCCUGUUUCCCUCUUCUUUCUCUCGUCUUGAAAGCAAGCCCCAGCCCAGAACAGCAUCAGAAUCAUGAUACUGAUAAGUCACUUCUGUAACAGAAAUUUUGAUGAAUUUCUUGGAUAAGAUGUUAACGUAAAAGCGUAUACAAGAGAGAAAGCUAACCUGAAAACUGCCAUUCUGGCAAGUCACAUAAAGGUUUCCUAACGAGAUCACAAGUGUAAUGGCUACCACAAAUUCAACCACUGGCAUUAUUUUCUAUUGCUGUUAAUAAGAUACUACUCAUAUGAUCUGUGGUUUUGUCUAUCAGAUAAUUUAUGAUUGGGAUUUUAUGGCAAAGGAGCUAGAAAUUGCUCAUCCUUACAAGAACGUUUCAGUAUGUAUUCACUGCAUUACCUUUCCUUUUUUUCUUUGCAGCCUGAGAAAGUAUCAGGAACACUGAAGGAGCAGUUGGAUGCAAUCACCCCAGCUUUGAGAGAGAUGCGUCUCAGGAAAGAGGUUAGAGUGAACCAGUUUCGGGCUGUGCAAGGGCAAAUACAAAAAAUAUCAGCAGAGAUUGCAGGUCAUUCCAGGUAUGAUGAUUCAUUAACUAACAUCAUAUUAACUGAGAAUGACCUUUCAUUGAAGAAACUCGAGGAAUACCAAAGUGAGCUGCAAAGACUACACAAAGAUAAGAUUAUCAGCAAAAGGAAAGUUAUCCAACAUGAGUUUCUCAACCUGCAGCUUUACCAUCUUGGACAAGCUUUGACAAACCUUCGAAAUCUCAUGGAUACCGCGGACAAUUCUUUCACAUCACUAACUUGUGUACGCAAAUCAUCAUCUGAAGUGUCGGAUCCACGAAGCCUUGCCCUAAAUAUAAUCCAGGAGGAUGAGAAUUGGUAUUCAGUCAGCCGAAGAGCUCACAGGAAUCUGCGAUGUGCAGAAAAGGCCAGAAUCCUAGUCAAUAAGAUUCCAGGUACCUUUGAUGGCAAGGCAAUGAUAGAAGAAUACAACAUAGUAAGGCUGGAGAAAGAGGACGAGAAGCGAAGGCAGAAGGAAACAAAGAAGGUGCAGAUCCAAGUAGUAGAACCUCAACCCCCCUUCAGUUCUAGACAAAGCACCAGCAGUCGACCCCCUUCCGACAGAAGCUUGAAUGGAUGUUUAAGCUAUGCCGCCCCUUCAAACAGGAAGGCUGUCUAUGAGCAUCCAACAUUUGGGUAG